AUGUCUCGCAUGAAAGAUCAUCUGCAGACAAACAGUGCAAAUCAGAAUCAGGACCACAAUCAAAUGUCCAGCAAUAGAUCCCAGCCGCGGCUCGAGUUCCGAGCCUCGUGCGACCCCUGUGCAGCAUCCAAGGUACGAUGUACAAAAGAGCAGCAUGGAUGUUCACGCUGUGUUCAAAACGGCCUGAAAUGUGUGUAUGGCCGAUCGCGACGAAAGGGUAAACCACCUUCCAACAAAUUCAGCUUCACGCAAUCAACUUCUAGAGACUCUCGAUUGUCUCCUCCGACUUCCGUUUCUCCGCAAGGCCGUCCUGUGGCUUCAACUCCGUCGUCAUCAUGGGCUGCCGGUCAACACCCCAGUCAAAACCAGUCCAACUACAACUACAACUGCACCUGGUCUCGGUCGCCUAUGUUCCCAACGGAUAGCUACCAGGAUCAAGCACUCAAUAAUACUAUGACAACAGAGUGGGACAGAAGGACACCAAACAGCUUUACACCUCAUCAAUCGCUACCAGAUGACAACUCUGCCCCACAGCUGCCAUCAAACUCAGGAUAUAUGUCAUGGCAUAAUCUUUCGGGCGCAGAUAUCAUGGUAGCCGAUAGUGGCGACUUCGGCUCCCUCCCGAUGAAGAUUUCUCCGGAGGAGCACGGUAAUUCAAGUUAUGAUGACUUGGCGGACGAGGACGACGAGAGAGAUGAAGAGCUAGAGGAGCUUGAGGACGUGAACGAAGAUCAGCAUGAACCAUGCAUUACAGUGGCAUGCCGGCUUCUUUCUUCUUUGUCCCAAUUCGUGCAUUGGGACUGUAGGAAUGGACACAUAACCAACGAUGGCGGUGCAUCCGAUUCUCGUCGCAAAUCACCCACUCUAGGAGAAGAAGCCCCUCCAAGUGACAUUGUUUUUCGCAUGACUCAAUCAGCCACGGAUAAUGUGUCUCGAUUGCUGAAUUGUACGGGAAGUGCCUGCGCCCAGGAUACAUCCACGCUUCUAGUUCUAAGCGCGGUCCUUUCCAAAAUCCUCACUUGGUAUCAGGCCCUGUAUCAUUCCGAGAUUGGCAGGCAGCUCCCAUCAGUCCCCCGGACACAACCGGGCACUAACCCCACUCGUCCGCCAGCCAAAUCCCACAUUUCGAGCAGUAGCCGGACUGGAAAUCAGGUUAAGCUGUCGCAACAGGUCGGAGGGACGGCAGAUUCAUUGUAUGCCGUUCCAUUGACUAUCCCGUUGAGCAUUGGGAAUUUUAGUAUCCCGCGCGCCACAGAAAGAAAGAUGAAGGCUCAGCUGUUGUUGUGCCAACUGCAAUCUCUAUUCCCGGUAUGCCAGGACCUUGAUAGACGGGCCCAGGGUGCUGAGGGUAUGCGGGGAGGGAAGAAAAUGUGGGAAGGGUCCAACGGACAGCUUUUGGAGCAGGUGGCCGAGUUGCAACGUAUCUUGACAGUGAUAUGUACGCAGGCCCCGACGAAAUAG